AUGGACAGGAUAGACAAGUACAAGAGGGUCGAGGAUGACCAGCAGAUUGGGAAAGGAAAGUCGAAGUUUGUCCCUCAGGAGAGGAGGGACUUCAGGUCGGACCGUUUCAGUAGCAGUAACAAGCCGAGGAGAGAUUAUGUAGAACAAUCUGGAUCUACAGGGGCUCAGGUAGUCCACGCUGUGUUCCGAGAACCGCUGCACGAGAUCCUGGAGAAGAUAAAGCUUGAGCAUUUCUUUCAAUGGCCAAAUAAGAUGUCAGGCGAUCCCUCAAAACGCAAUCAGAAUCUAUACUGUGCGUAUCACCAAGAGCCUGGUCACGUCACUGACGAAUGUAGGAACCUAAAAAACUAUUUGGAUCGACUUGUCCGAGAGGGAAAGCUCAGGCAUCUGCUGCACCGCCCCGAGCAGUCCAAUGUCGAUACCAGACAAAGUGCGUUGAGGCCGCCCAUAGGCACAAUAAAUGUUAUUCUUGCCGCACCUGGGAGAACCGGUCCCGGCCCGUUCAGAGUGAUGUCAGUGGGUAGGUUUCCGACAGAGCCAGGUGAAAGAGGAUCAAAGAGAGCCAGAGGGAGGGCCUCGCCAUUAAUUGAGUUCACGGAUGAGGAUAAGGAAGGAACCAUUCAGCCCCAUAAAGAUGCCCUAGUCGUGACACUUAGAAUAGGAGGUUAUGACGUGAAGAAGACGGACACAGAAGUCGUGGAAGUGAACUUCAUCGUGGUGGACGCGUACUCCCCCUACACAGCCAUUGUUGCACGGCCAUGGCUUCACACAUUAGGGGCUGUAUCGUCAACCCUGCACCAGAAAGUGAAGUAUCCAUCAGAGGGUCGAAUCAAAGAGGUAUUAGGGGACCAAGGAAUGGCUAGGCAAUGCAUGGUGUCGGCGAUUGCUCGACAAUCAAGCAGUGAACCUUCCACUUUGGCCGAGAAUAGCUUAUAG